ACCGUUGGAACAAUCAUGUACGCAGAGAUGCGUGACCUGUGGACUGGUCAUGUCAGUGUUUCCUACCGUAUUCACUCUAUACUUUGUCUCGCGUACACCUGUGCAAGGUUGUUUGGACUGUAUUAUAGCCCGCUACGUUGUGCUUCUGCUUGAUACUUCCCUGGCCCCCCGUUAAAACCACACAACAAUCAUUCCACCUGGGACUAAUAAAUUUCUCUAUUCAAUCGCCGUCAAUUGUUGAUAAAGAAGGAGGAAAUCUGCCCAGUUAUAUUAUUGAUAAAUUGUUGCUAAAUUUGUGAAGUAUAAAUACGAAAAUUUCCUCGCUAUUUGUCAGGAAAAAGUUGGUUACUUUGAUGUAUUAUGUGUCGUGUGUACGAAAUAUAGAGAACGCAAAUACAACUCCAGGCAUCUAACAUAAAUUUAUGGACACGCACAACAGUUUAUUUUUUCUUGAAGUAUAAAAAUGUGUAAGUGUUAGUAUCGGAGCGAGAAAACGAGAGCAAAGGGAACGGCCAAAAAAGGAUGAUAGAGAGGGGGAAGGUACUCUUAGCUCUCUGAAAGGAGAGCAAAUGCCUAGUUGGAGGAAUGUUUCACACAAGAUUUUGCGGGGUCAAUGGGGAAUGGUUAGAUUGUUACUGUCUACGCUCUAACGAUAUUUAAGUUUCAGCUGAUGAUUAGCCAUGGACAAGGAUCUUGAGCAGGGCGAUAGUGAUAAUUUAAAUGAGUGUGAUAACGACAGGAAACGAGAGGAUUAUCACGAUUUAAGACUCCACAGGAGUAUGGACUGCACAGGAGAUUCUAAUGCUGAGAGGGAUGGAGAGGGGGACCAAAACCACCACGAUCAGCUGAUUGAGGAAAGGGUUGAAUAUAAGGUUGGGCAUGAUUUUCGGAAUAUUGGACAUCAUCGUGGUGUCAUGCACAUGCACAGUGGAAUGGAGCAUCUGAAUAAUUCUGAUAUUGAGGUCAAGCUAUCACGUGAUGUACGAGGUUCAUUAGGUCUUGGGCUUUCUCUCGAGCUCUGCGUCGUCUGUGGAGACAGGGCAAGUGGUCGUCAUUACGGUGCAAUAAGCUGCGAGGGUUGUAAAGGCUUUUUUAAGCGCAGUAUUCGUAAACAAUUGGGCUAUCAAUGCCGUGGUAGCAAAUCUUGUGAAGUAACGAAACAUCAUCGCAAUCGAUGUCAGUAUUGUCGCCUUCAAAAAUGCUUGACGAUGGGAAUGCGCAGUGACUCCUGGGGUUUUACAGCUGUUCAGCACGAACGGAAACCUGUUUUGGGUGAGGCAACUGGCGCAAAAAUGACUAAUCGCGGAGCAAAGGUGAAACCAGAGCCACAACAAAUUAUACCAGAGAUAGCAUCUAUCUGGGAACCACCAGAGAGCCCAAGUGUUGAGGAUCAUAGCAGUGAUAGUGACCUCAGUGAUGCACUUACACUUGCUAGAGAGCGAUUACUCAUUUCCCAUGCACUUGAGGGUAUGGCGAAGCUCAUAGGUGAUAGUGUUAAUGGAUCGAAUGAAACCGAAGAAGAGUGGACUGGACAACUGUUACAUGAAAGGAAUACUGUAUUCCAAUUGAGAGCUCCGAGUCCAGCUCCAGCUUAUUUGUCAAUACACUACAUUUGUGAGAGUGCAGCUAGACUGCUAUUCUCGUCGGUACACUGGGCCAGGGGAAUCCCUGCUUUCCAAGCACUUCCAUUGGAUGUUCAAACCUCUUUAGUGAGAUGUUGUUGGGGUCAGCUUUUCACCCUUGGGCUAGCACAGUGUGCUUACACCCUGUCACUACCAAGUAUUCUCACUUCCAUAAUUAAUCAUCUUCAGGCAAGCAUCGCCCAGGAAAAAAUAACAGCGAGUAAAGUAAAACUCAUAACUGAGCACAUAUGCAGACUCCAAGAUUGCGUCAGCUCAUUGCAUAAAAUGCAAGUGGAUGCUACGGAGUAUGCCUAUCUCAAAGCUUUGACUUUAUUCAGUGCUGAUAACAUAUUAGCAGAUACAUGGCAUAAGAAGGUCGAGGUUCUUCAAGAAGCUACUUGGAGCGAACUACAGCAACGCGUUGGUGCCGAUAGACUUCCUAGAUUAUUAUUAAGACUUGCCCCGCUGCGUUCGAUAAAUCCUCGUGUUCUCGAAGAUCUCUUUUUCGCUGGUCUAAUUGGUAGAGUAAGCGUAGCAAGUGUUGUGCCUUAUAUUCUCAGUAUGGAGGACUGUAAAACUGAAGCGGAUGUGCAGAUGGGAUGACAAUUGUUACUUGUAAAAUAUCAAUCGUUACCUAAGAGUAUGGGAUAGAUGUAAGUGUUAAGUAUUCAAUUAACAUAUUUUUAUUAACUGAAAAAAAAUGACGGGAAAUGUUUAUAGCAAUAUUACAUAUUAUUAUACAAUAUUAUGUAUGCAAGGAAUUAUUGCGACAGGCAUGCGCACCAGUUGCUCCUCUCCUGAUUUGAAAAUGGUUCAAAAUCUUAUUUUCUGUUAUGGAAGUACUUAAUUUUGUAUUUCUGCUGUUGUUCUUGUUAAAUUUUGGAACAUCCUAUUUUCUCAAAUCCUUCCUAGAGAUAAAAUCAAGGUACACAUUUAGUUAUUUGACGGUAUGUUAAAGAAGAAUUAAUGGGGUCUUAAAAUAGUAUUGUAUUUUUCGAAUUAGUUGUCUUUCAUUGCAUGUAACAAUAAUUCCCACAUAUUCACUAGCAUCAUAGGCUAAAAAAUAUUAGUUCUAUGAUUUUUUCCUCGUGCACGCAAAUAUUCUAAUGUUAAUUAUGCCGAAGAUGGUGAAUAUCAGUUUUUCUCUUGCUUCGUUCAAUGAGUGGAAAUGAUUAUAUCAUUUAGGGAUUAUAAUGAAUGUAUAUGUUUAUCCAGUUAUAGGGGUGUUUUUCUUUCAUUCUUGUGAAAAAAAAAUCUUCCAGGAACAUGAUAGUGUUAUAUGACUCGGAGUAGUGAAAAGAAGAUAUUUUAAUGUCAGAUAUUUUUAAUUUUUUAAUUUUUCAAUUUACAUUUUUGAAAAGAAUUUGAUAAAAGUUUAGAAUUAAUCAAUACCAUCUCAGUGACUAGCUGUGACAUAUCAGGUUUUAUUGAAGAUUAUGUUCUCAUUAAUUGCUAAUGACCCUCGUUACGAAUACGGUCAAGCAAUGUCAAUUGGAUGUCAAGAAAUUUGAUUAUUCCAAAUUAAUCUUUAAAAUAUUGAAAAUUAGCAUUCGACGCAAUAUUAAAAUUAUGGAUGCAAAAAAAUAAUUAUACUUCUCGUUGGUUCACAACAGUAUUGAAUUUUCCUCAAGUUCAAAAACUGAAAUAACAAUCAAUUUGUAAUGGUUGAAAUUUCGGGUAUGUUAUUCAUGACACUGAUGGAUUCAUGUUGCAAUAUCAAUCGAAUUUCAGGGCCCCCCGGGGGGUAAAAGGAACAGUUUUUACAAAAGUUGAUUGACGAAUUUAUUUCUCAUCUUGGCCUUCAUGAAAUUUAGAAAAUAAUGUGCAGAAUUAUACAGCACAAAAACUGCUUUGACUGAGAAAAAAUUAUUUCGUUUAUAUCUUUAAAACUAGCGAAUUCAAAUUAAAAUGUUAUUUUUUUUAUUAUAUCGAAAUCUAUGUUAUUAUUAUCUCUAAGAGUUUCGGUAAAUUUUACUCUCCCAACUCCAAAAGAAUGAGGAGUUUGAUAAAUAUAAGUUGUGAUGGUACAAUUACGAUGGGUAGAUGGUGAAGAAUAUAACAAUCAGACAAUAACUGUAAGCCUUUAAUUAACUUUUGAAACUCUUAAUUGUUAAAAAUCUGAGAAUCUUAGGUAAUGUCCUAUACUUAAUAACCCUGUACAUAAUAAAAUGUGCCUAGCAAUGAACGACUUUUCAAGAACAGUAAAGAACAUGUAAACUGUCUUAAUAUUACGGAUUUAAUAAAAUUUAAAUUGUACUUGCUGCAA